CCGGAUGAGGGCCCCUGUUGUGGGUCUUUGAGAAGCGGUGCUGGCGGCAGAGGUGGCGGAUGCGGGCGUGAGCGGACUUUGAAGGACCCCCUAGGCCACUUGCCCGGCAUUAUUAGUACCCCUGCUGCUGUACAAAUUCUGACCUCAAACACAACCAGAAUUUCCCCAGUAAGAACCUUAAUGACCCAGCAAAGCCGUGAGCCCUGCAACUUCUAGGCGGACAACAUCAGACUCUGCAAGGAGCACUCCUGCUGUCUACACUGCACUGAGACCCAGGGAGCACCCACAGGAUCAUCCAUCUAGCAGCUCAGUGCAAAGGUGUGAGCUCAGCCUGCUUCAGAGUCUCCCCACUAUGACGUCCAAGAAGCUGAUAAACUCGGUGGCAGGCUGUGCUGAUGAUGCCCUUGCUGGCCUGGUGGCCUGCAACCCCAACCUGCAGCUCCUGCAGGGCCACCGUGUGGCCCUCCGUUCUGACCUGGACAGCCUCAAGGGCCGAGUGGCAUUGCUGUCAGGUGGUGGAUCCGGCCAUGAGCCUGCCCACGCCGGUUUCAUAGGGAAGGGGAUGCUGACAGGGGUCAUUGCGGGAGCUGUGUUCACCUCCCCAGCCGUGGGCAGCAUCCUGGCGGCCAUCAGGGCAGUGGCCCAGGCAGGCACAGUGGGGACCCUCCUCAUCGUGAAGAACUACACUGGGGAUCGCCUCAACUUUGGCCUGGCCCGGGAGCAGGCCCGGGCUGCGGGCAUCCCUGUGGAGAUGGUGGUCAUUGGGGAUGACAGUGCCUUCACCGUCCUGAAGAAGGCAGGCAGGCGGGGACUGUGUGGCACAGUGCUCAUACACAAGGUGGCAGGUGCCCUGGCCGAGGCAGGAGUGGGGCUGGAGGAGAUCACAGAGCGAGUGAACAUGGUUGCCAAGGCCAUGGGAACCCUGGGAGUGAGCUUGUCCUCCUGCAGUGUCCCUGGUUCCAGACCCACUUUUGAACUUGCAGCUGAUGAGGUAGAGCUCGGCCUGGGGAUCCACGGGGAAGCUGGUGUCCACCGGAUAAAGAUUGCAUCCGCCGACAAGAUUGUGACACUCAUGCUCGACCACAUGACCAACUCUUCCAAUGUGUCCCAUGUGCCUGUGAAGGCUGGCUCCUCCGUGGUGCUGAUGGUCAACAACCUGGGCGGCCUGUCAUUCUUGGAACUGGGCAUCAUCGCCGACGCUGCUGUUCGCUCUCUGGAGGGCCGCGGGGUAAAGAUUGCCCGUUCCUUCGUGGGCACCUUCAUGUCAGCCCUGGAGAUGCCUGGCCUUUCUCUCACCCUGCUGCUGGUGGAUGAGCCCCUCCUGAAACUGAUAGAUGCUGAAACCACCGCAUCAGCCUGGCCUAACACUCCCAAGGUCUCUGUGACUGGGCGGAAGCGGAGCCGGGCAGCCCCCACUGAGCCCCUGGAGGCCCGUGAUUCCACCGCUGCAGGAGGGGUAGCCUCGAAGAAGGUAGUGCUUGUGCUGGAGCGCGUGUGCUCCACCCUCCUGGGCAUGGAGGAUCAUCUGAAUGCCCUGGACCGUGCUGCUGGUGACGGGGACUGUGGCAUCACCCACAGCCGUGCCGCCAAAGCAAUCCAGGGGUGGCUGAAGGAGGGUCCACCCCCUGCCAGCCCUGCCCAGCUACUGUCCAAACUGUCCCUCCUGCUGCUGGAGAAGAUGGGAGGCUCAUCCGGGGCACUCUAUGGCCUGUUCCUGACUGCAGCAGCCCAGCCACUCAAGGCCAAGACUGACCUCCCAGCCUGGUCUGCUGCCAUGGAUGCCGGCCUGGAGGCCAUGCAGAAGUGUGGAAAGGCUGCCCCAGGUGACAGGACUAUGCUGGAUUCUCUGUGGGCAGCAGGACAGGAGCUCCAGGCCUGGAAGAGCCCAAAGGCUGAUCUGUUGCAGAUUCUGACAAAAGCAGUCAAGAGUGCAGAAGCCGCAGCCCAGGCCACCAAGAACAUGGAAGCUGGAGCUGGAAGAGCCAGUUACAUCAGUUCUGCACGGCUGGAUCAGCCAGACCCCGGGGCAGUGGCAGCCGCAGCCAUUCUCCGUGCCAUCCUAGAGGUCUUGCAGAGCUAGAGUAUGUGAAUGCCUCCCUGGGCCUCAGUGCCUCCCACUGCAGUGCAGUUGGCCAUCAUCACUUCUGCUUUCUGUCACCCUCCCUCACCCCUCGGGCCCAUCUG